AUAAGCUGUUUGCAUAAGCUCAAAAAUAAGCUAAUCCAAACGGGGACAUAUUUCAUUAACACAAUAGACACAAAAAUUACAUCAAUUUCAAUAUUUCGUCCAAAUCAUCUUGCUCUUAUUGAAUAAACUACCUAGCCUCCUCUUGUGAGAUUUUGUCCCCGUAAUAUUAAAUCAUGGUAACUCAUCGUCUUGCUCCUCCUACCAGCCACCGGUUCAGCAGUAUAGGACAAUCUCAUUUGUGUAUGGGAGAGUCCCAUUUGUGUUACCCCGAGUGUGAAUGUAGUAGAAUUCAUUUCGACUAAUCUUACCGUACCCAAUUUGAACAUAACAAGUCCUUCGUCGGCUAACCGACGAAGGACCGUGCAGCAAUUUACACAUCAAAUGAGAAAAUUUAAACAAACUAAGCAAAAAACAAAUGCAGGAAAACCUAAGUGGGAGAGGUGUGUCCCUUCAAUUUUCUGAAGGUGACUAUUUAUAGGCAUUUUGGCAGCCACCAAGAGCCAAUUAAAAUUGGCCACUUGGCAUUCCUCUGAUUGAUGCAAGAGCUUUUGACCACCGACUGUUCCGCGACCUAGGUAACAGACGGUAAGGGUGAAAUUUCUCAAAAAUUACUCAUUUUUCAAUGUCCGCUACUUAAGUCGCGGAAGGGUAAAAAUGGAAAUGCGUACGACGCUCGAGUAACCGGUAGGUUGAGAAAAGUAAAUCUAUCCGAGAUAUUCUCGUUGCUAAGUGACGCGAUAUGGACUCUUGAAGAAGAGUUUAUCUCGGAUAUUUGGGUUAUAAAUAAAUGCACUCAAGUUUAUGGCGAAGAUCCCGAGCCCCUUCUACCCCUUUCUUUUGGUAGCUACCGAUUACUUCACCGGCCUUCCAAGAAUAACUAUGGACAAAGCCCAAAAUGAUCAUGGAGGUGCAAUAACUAAAUUGAAUUUGUAUGGUUUUUUUAAUCUAAAAUUUCGAGAUUUAUCUUAGAUUCUGAUGGUAAAGAUCAUUUCUCCCUUAAUCAUUCUGAAUAUAUUAGAACAAGAUGAACACUCGGUACCCUGAGUUUUGCUCCAUUAAUCAUUGAUUUUCAAAAGGUAUAUGUUCUUACCACAAAUUAAUAAUUUUCUAUUCUCAUUGAGAGUUUAAUGUAGAAAUAUGGUAAAAGCAUAGUUUUAAAAACCGGACCAAACCAGCCGGGAACAUAUCUACCUAAACACUUCCUUAUAAAAUAUCUACCUAAACUCUACAUCAAAAUAUAAAUUACAGUAAAAGUGAUAUCCACCUAAUCACUUCCUUAUAAAAUAUCUACCUAAACACUUCCUUAUAAGUGUUCACCAAUACAAGGGAAUAUGUUGAUUUCUUUUAUUCUUUUAUGAUUUUUAAACAAAAAUGGUUGAAAAAAAGAAUCUUUUAAUUAAAUUUUACACUAUCUUGGUAGACAAUGGACUUUGUAAGAGCUUAUUAUAAAUACAUACUUUGGAGCAUUGACCCAAAAACAUCCAAAUUACCUCAUAACAAAAUCAUAGAAUCAACAUUAUAAUCAUGGCUACUCUUGUUGCUCCUAGUAAUCAUUCUCCCAAGGAAGAUGCUGAUGUUCUUUGGAAGGCUGUCAAAGGGUGGGGAACUGAUGAGAGUGCUAUCAUAGCUAUAAUGGGUCAUAGAAAUGCUGCUCAAAGGCAACAAAUUAGACAAGCUUACCAUGACAUUUACCAAGAAGAUCUCAUUAAACGCAUUGAAUCAGAGCUCUCUGGUAACUUCGAGAAAGCAAUGUAUAGGUGGAUAUUGGAACCUGCAGAUCGUUAUGCUGUGUUGGCCAAUGUAGCCAUCAAGAAUCUUAACAGUGAUUACCAUGUCAUUGUGGAAAUUGCAUGUGUCCUUAAACCAGAAGAGCUUUUAGUUGUGAGGCGGGCCUAUCACAACCGAUACAAGCAUUCGUUGGAAGAACAUGUUGCUGCACAUACCUCUGGCUAUCUUCGCCAGCUUGUGGUUGGAUUGUUGAGCUCAUUUAGAUAUGAUGGUGGUGAAAUCAAUCCAAUUUUGGCAAAAAUCGAAGCUGAUAUUCUUCAUGAAGCUAUCAAAAACAAGAAAGGUAAACUUGAUGAAGUUAUUAGGAUCCUUACUACAAGGAGCAAGACUCAACUUAAGGCGACUUUCAACCGUUACAGAGAUGAUUACGGCUAUUCCCUUAGCAAGAAGCUGUUGAAUGAUGCCUCCGAUGACUUCCUUAAGGCUGUCCAUGUCGCCAUUCGUUGCAUCGAUGACCAUCACAAGUACUAUGAAAAGGUUCUACGCAAUGUGCUGAAAGGGGUUGGAACGGAUGAGGACGGACUGACUCGUGUGGUGGUCACAAGGGCUGAGAAAGAUCUGAAGGACAUCAAAGAGCUGUAUUACAAGAGAAAUAGCAUUCACCUUGAAGAUGCAGUGGCCAAAGAGAUCUCUGGAGACUACAAGAAGUUCCUUCUUACUCUUUUGGGGAAAGAACACUAAAACAUGUCUUAAAAUUGUUUUGUAUUUGUUUUUAAAACUUGAACCUAGCUACUAUAUAAUGGUGAUGAUAAUAAUACUAUUAUAAUAAUUUGGUGAC